CAUACACCCACACCAACCGGACCUCCCAGGAACCAAGUCUUCAUCGAUGCUCAAGCAAACAAAGCCUUUCAUCGACUCUAUGAAUCUAGCUUUGCUGCCUAUGUAUCGUGACUCAUUCUCACUUGUUUUAGAAGAACGCCAAAGGCGAGCGAGGUACCAAACAGACCCCCCACUUUUACACUGGGGCAACCUAUAGAAGGGCGCUGCUGCCUUCAACAGCCGUAUCGCCACCUGAGACGCAACGCGUGACCUUGCAACCGCCUGUCGCGCUAUCGCGCAAUAUCUCAGGUAUUUAAGACACGUCUACUCUAUCCAUCCGCCGGGAGCUGCGCCACUGGGUAUUGCCGGCACUGCGCUGCCGGGUUUGGAACGGCGCCAUGUCGAGGACGACACGAUCAUCGACCAAGCGAGACUUCGUGCCCGAGAGCUCCUGGCGCAUGGUCGAAGGUGGCGAGAACGACAGCUUCGAUACCUCCAUUUUGCACGACGAAGACGACAUUUUCAUUUCAAGCAGCAGCGACCCGGCGUCGCAGCCGACCGGGUCGCAGUCCUUCAGCAUUGGGGGGUCCCAGCCAUGGAGCAUAGGCGGCUCGCAGGAUGACAACAUCGAAACCUUUCUCAGCAAGGCCGAGGAAGACGAACAGCUCCUCCUCAGGACUCCGUUUCGCCCCUCCAUCCCGAAAUCCGUGCGGCAAAUCUCCAGGGACGACAUGAGGGUUCGCCCGUCGGAGCCUGAGUUCUACAUGCCCAGGGUCGACGUGGAGAGCCCGAGGAGACCGAGCACAUGGUCGUCAGGGACUGUGAGAGCAAGCGAUCCGCCACCGACGCCGCCUAAGUUGAGGCGUCGGCGAGGAGAGGCUACAGGGAGCCCUGUCAAGGGCCGGCACUCCGAAGGGAGUGAGACACAGGACUCGGAAGAGCCGACCUCGUUCAGUGGGAGGCUAUCAGCAUCGCUGCCCGAUGCUCUAUUUGACGCCCUGUCGUGGGCGUGUGGGUUAGCCGCGCUCGCAUUCCGAUAUGCGCAGACGCCGCUGGCCAUCCUCCUGUCGUUGUACAUCGCAUUUGGUGGCGUCAUUGUCCUCCACAACCUGGCAACCCGGCCACUAUUUACAGCCCUCACGCCGGUUUGUCGCAUCCCGGGAGUGUCGUGGCUAGACCUGCCCUUCUGCCCGGACCAUGGCUUGAAGCGGGGGGACACCCAGGAGCGGCAGGGAUCGGUCAAGUUCGACAGCUUGAUGGACGUUCAGGAGCAGCUGGGGCAGGUUGUGGAGAAGUCUGUGCAGGGCGUGCCAUUGCCCAUCGAGAUCAAGCGCUCCGAAACCUCGAUCCGCGACCUGCGGACCUUGGUCCGCUACAGCACCGUGCAGAGCAAGGAGGAGCUCCUGCUGGAAUUCGACGGCUUCAUUGAUACCAUUGGCACUGUCUCGAGGGAUCUGCAAAAAUUCAACGCCCGCACCGGUUCCGCGAUCGACUGGGUCAUCAGCAUGAACCGAUGGACGUCGCGACAUCUUGACUCCCUUGAGGGCAGCAAAAGCAGCGACGGCGAUCACGGCGCGGGCAUUCUAAAUGGCCCGUGGGUCAACCGACUCUUCUCGCCCUUUCAGCCAGCCGUCUUUACCGAGAGGCAGCUCGUCGACACGUACAUUGAGCACGCGACCCUGGUGUCGGACAAGAUUUCCAAGCUGAUCGAGGAGGCGCAGGGGGUCCUCCACACGCUCUCCAAGGCCGGAGAACACAUGGAUGCCAUCUACGACUUUGUCGCGCGCACUGAGAGGUCGGUGCGGGUCCGGCGAGCCGAGGUGCUCUCGACGCUGUGGGGUCUCGUGGGCGGCCACAGGAGCAAGGUUGCUAAUCUCAACAGCCAGCUGACGCUUCUCAAGCAGGUGGACGCGCAGCGGUCCGACGCCGUCAGGCAGGUUACCGACCUGAUCGGCGACCUGGAAAAGAUCCAGGCUGGGCUCGACGACCUAAGGGAGCGAGUCGCCACGCCGGCUCUGGCCAGGGGGCGGGUCGAGGUGCCGAUGAGCGUGCACAUUGAUACCAUCAACCGCGGAGUGGAGCGGUUGGAAGAGGCGAGGAGUCGGAUACGGGCGAUCGAGAACGACCGGAUCCAGGAAGUGCUGGCAAGGGGCAAGGGGCAGAAGAUGAUUGAACAGGCUUAGGAUGGGAUUAUCCUACGGACAUUGGAUGGCGUUUUGGUUGAAUAUCUCUUGGGUUUGGUUUCUGGUUGCAUGUGCCAUUCGAAGAAUUUUGUUCUGGCUUUCCUCUAUUACUUCUCCUUCAUCCGGGCCGUCGUAUUGUAUGUACACUUUCCAUGGGGACACAGGACCGAGAGACUCAGAGGACACAACGGAUACCUACCUGAGUUUGUCAACAACUCACUACUACUAUUGCAUAUAGUAUAUACCAG